AAAAAUCUCGAGAGAAGAAGAAGAAGAAGAAGAAGGGACGCUUUCUGGUUUUGUAACGCGCUUUGUUUUCCACUGGUCGCCGCUUUUGUGCCGCUCCACUAUCACAGCUCUAACUCAAAGUUUGGCUGAAUUGUUGUCCACUGGUGGCGCCAGAGUCCAGACGUUAAGUUUCUUGCUUCAACUCUUGAGAAUCACGGCGUUGUCACUGGUCCAGUUUCACCCCGCCCGUCCGUCCGGUGUCCGCCGCGCAGUCGCUAUGGACGCACGCUACUUUGUUAAACUACUCCAACUUGGAUUAUCGGACGUUUAGUGUCGGCUUUCGCCUUCGCCGCGACUGAAGAGACUCUCCAGACGCGGAGUGAUGAACAGCGACCCCGAAAACACGCCAGUAUAUCCGUGAACCUCCAUCCGGACACAAGUCGAUGCUCAGACGCGUGUAGACGUCUUUAGUUGUUGUGUAGUUGUUUCAGUGAUGUUACUCGGCAAAACGUGAUUAUGUUACCCUAUAGUCUCUACGCUCUCUUAGGAAAGAUAGUAUUGAAUGCCAUAAACGUUUAACGGUGUAACGUUAAAUAUUGUGCUCUGUACGCCACUGCCAGGAUCUAACGUUACUGUUAACGUUACCCGGGGUUUGAAUAGAACUCUAGCCCGGGGCUCGGAAACCGGCCCACUUCGGGACAUUUUUGCCUUUAAGGAACGCAUGGGGUUUUACAGACGAAGGCUCUGCUUAAACGAAGGAGUCGGAAGCGUUAGAGGCAAUGUGCGAGAUUCACUAAAGGAGAUCUGUUGUUACAUGUGAACGCACGCGGACAGAAUGGCUUCAUAUGUGGACAAUAGUUUUCGGCACGCGAUCAUAAAGAAUCCUGCCGACAGGACGCAACAGGAUCUGCAGAUCUUGUACUCGUACCUCCAUGGCAUGGAAGCGCUGUCCAACUUGAGGGAACACCAGCUCAGGUUGAUGUGUGAGACAGUUCGAUAUGAACAGCAUGAAGCUAAUGAGGUUUUAUACUAUUUGGAGCGACAGACUAUAAUUGAUACGGUCGAUCAUUAUCCAGUCAGCAAGCCCCCUCUGCCACCAGGAUACCACUCGGAAUGCUCCAAAUCCCAGCUUCCUGCCGACUUCUCAAAGCUUCACCCCUCUGACAGUUGCCACUCCCAUAUGACUUCCAGCCAAUCCCGUUCCAGCAUCGCCAGUGAUUCAGGAAGUAGCAGCCUAUCAGAUAUUUACCAGGCCACUGAAAGUGAAUCUGGAGACAUGGAUCUGAGUGGGCUUCCUGAAACAGCAGUGGACACGGACGAGGAUGAUGAUGAUGAAGACGUAGGGAGGGGAACGGACCCUCUUAUGAGUCGAGAUAUUGUGAGAGACUGUCUGGAGAAAGAUCCUAUGGACCGUACAGAUGAUGACAUUGAGCAGUUGCUGGAGUUUGUGCAGCAGCUUCCGGCAUUUGCCAGUCUGAGUGUUUCGGUGCGGAGGGAACUCUGUGCCGUCAUGGUGUUUGCGGUCGUGGAACGGGCCAGAACCAUCGUACUCAACCAUGGUGAAGAGCUGGACUCAUGGUCAGUCAUUCUGAAUGGAGCAGUAGAGGUGAUCUAUCCAGGUGGCGGCAGUGAGAGUGUGUGUAUGGGUGGAAGUUUUGGUGUCUCCCCUUCUAUGGAGAAACAGCUGAUGACUGGAGUCAUGAGGACCAAAGUGGAUGAUUGUCAGUUUGUGUGUAUUGCGCAGCAGGACUACUGCUCCAUUCUGAAUCAGGUUGAGCAGAACACACAGCGAGUAGAGGAGGAAGGAGAAAUCGUCAUGGUAAAAGAACACCGAGAACUCGACCGGACGGGCACCCGCAAGGGACACAUUGUUGUCAAGGGUACUGCUGAGAGGCUGAUGCAGCACUUAGUGGAGGACCAUUUAGUUGUCGACCCCACAUAUAUUGAGGACUUCCUGUUGACCUAUCGUACCUUCCUGCCCAGUCCUUUGAUUUUGGGGCAGAGACUUCUGGACUGGUUUAAUGACUCCAGUUUACGGGAUAAGGUAACCCGAGUUGUGUUGUUAUGGGUUAACAAUCACUUCAGUGACUUUGAAGGAGAUCCUGAUAUGACCAGUUUUUUGGAGGAGUUCCAGAGCAAUCUGGAAAGAGAGAAAAUGACAGGUCAGUUGCGGUUACUUAGCAUAGCUUCUGCUGCUAAAGCCAAACCCAGAGUGAUUACUAUAAAUAGGCCUACUCGAGAGAUGCCCCUCCCCUUCACACUCAUUGGAGGAGCUGAACGAGGAACGCGCCUCUUUAUCAGCAGCGUGGAAGUUGGUAGCAAAGCAGAAGAGGCGGGGCUUAAACGUGGAGACCAGAUGUUAGAGGUGAACGGGCAGACGUUCGAGAAUGUGCAGUUGUCCAAAGCAGUUGAAAUCCUCAGGAACAACACACAGCUCUGUAUGAGUGUGAAAACUAACCUCCUGGUCUUCAAGGAGUUGGUGGCCAGGGUGGCAGAGGAAAGGAAAAACGGCAUUCCUCAUCUUCCAAAGAUUGGUGACGGAAAGAAAAAUAGCCGUUAUUCUGUACCUGAACUUGGGGCUGAUUCUGAUGUAAUGGGUCAAGAAAAAGUCAGCAAGAAGGUCAAAGCACAUACAAUGGGCGGCCGAAACAAACUCAUGAAGAUUUUAGACAAGACACGCAUGAGCAUCCUACCUCAGAAACCUUACAGUGACCUCGGGUUAGGACAAACUCAGGAUGACAGCAUUGUGGGAUUACGGCAGAACAAACCGACUCCGCCCACUAUGGCAGUUAGUGGAAAUCUCUCAUCCAGUAACCCUGAUCUGGCCCAAGGCCAACAACGCAUCAUCGACUACAGUACACAGCCACCAGACUUAUGGAAAGUUCUCAUCUCCAUCUUGAAAGUAUUUAUAAAGAUUGCCCUUCACUGCCGUGACUGCAAGAACUUCAACUCUAUGUUUGCCAUAAUCAGUGGGUUCAAUCUAGCACCUGUCUCUCGGUUGCGAUCCACAUGGGAACGGUUGCCUGGAAAAUAUGAGAAGCUUUUGGCAGAAUUACAAGAUGUUUUCGACCCUUCUCGCAACAUGGCCAAAUACCGCAACCUCCUCAACAAACACAACCUGCAGCCGCCGGUCAUCCCUCUGUUUCCUGUCAUUAAGAAAGACCUCACUUUCCUCCACGAGGGGAACAAAUCCAAGGUGGACGGUCUGGUGAAUUUUGAGAAGUUGAGGAUGAUUGCGCGAGAGAUCCGACACGUGGUUCGAAUGGCUUCCGUCACCAUGGACCCUGCAUUGCUUUUUAAAAUGAGGAAGAAAAAGUGGAGAAGCCUUGGGUCUCUAAGUCAGGUGAGCAGCUCUUCUCUCUCUGACAUCGGAACGAUGGGCGGGAAGAGGAAGGGGAGGCGGAGCUCUUUUCUCAGUGCUAAGAAGCUGUAUGAGGUGGAGAUGAUGAGCAGACGUGUGCGGCAGUACCUGGACGCGCGCGCACACGAGAGCGAUGAGGACAAGCUCCACAAACUCUCUUUGCAGUGUGAGCCUGCCAACAGCUCCAUGCUGAAGAACUCAGGCGAGAGGAGACGAGUGGAUGUAUCUCCUGUCGGUCAAAGAAGCACCACUCCACAGCAAACGAAUGGAAAUCAUGGUCGCAAGAAAUCACUUGGCAAAGAGUUACCACCAUUUGGUGCCCAGUCUCCUCAGUCUCUCCAUAAGAUUUUGUCUCUCUCAGAAGAGGGGCGGGACAGACCGCGAAAGCCGCCUGAGGACAGCCAGUCAAGUGCUUCAUCUCUGCUCUCCUCUCCACGCACCUCACCUCACAGCACACCUAGAAAAGGCCCACAGUUAGUGGUGAGUGACGCAUCGGAUCAGUUGAGUUUAAGCUCCUCCUCCUCUGACCUCAUCAUGGUUGAUCAACCCCAUACGCUUGCAAACCCACUCGGCACGCGCAGAGCUGAACCUGACCAGAUAAGCCUGGGGUCCUACUCCUUGACUCCGGAUCAGUGUGACCGUGCAUCACUGGACGCAGCAGACAGCGGCCGUGGCAGCUGGACUUCCUGCUCCAGUGGUUCCCAUGACAACAUCCAGAGCAUUCCACAGCGUGUGGGUUAUUAUGACAGCCGCAGCUGGGAGACUCUGUCAGAAGGGAUGGGACGUAGUCACAUGACCACACCUACUGGUUCCUGGGGCGAUGAAUUGGAAGGAGACACGGGAACGAUAAAACGCAGAGGUGGAAAAGACGAGACUCCAAACGCAAACAAGAACGCUGCGAGUCGGAGAGAGGGACGUUUUAGAGAGCCGCCGCCCACGCCACCUGGUUAUACUGCGCUGUCAUUGGCUGAGGCAGACAGCCACAGUCAUGCACAUGGGCGACGCCCACCAGACUACACAGCGGCUCUGCAGAGAUCUCGAUUCCUUAAAAGGUCAUGUGAUCCUCCUCCACCACACCCAUCCAGUAGGUUGCCAGCAUACAACUACUGCCAGUCACCACGACGACCACAGCCGGAUGCUGUAGCGUCUCAGUCUCUGGAUGUGUCCUGUCUUCACCCACACAACGGACCUCGGAGCUGGACCCGCACACCAGGACUCGGUCCAGCCCGGUUCGGCUCGGCUCGGUGGACGGGACACAGCGGGGAUUUAAACGACAGAGCCCGACCAGAGAUGAAGAGACGCAGACUGAUGUGA